CCUCCGUAUACAAAUCAACAAGGUGGACAAAAUGGCCCAGAACAUCGUGAAGGGGCGGAGAAUCGCGUGGAGGAAAUGGGAAAAUUAUCAAAUUGUGUUGUUCGAGUAGAUGAAUUGUCUACGACGCCAAUGUCACUCAAUCCAGCGGCGUGGAUCCAGUCCAGUCAGGCUGGCCACGUUCUACCCUUUUCAUCUAUUUUUUGAAUAUUCCUUCUGGCGUUUGAAUUGUUCCGGGGUUUACAUACUAUGUUUGGAGUUUACUAUUAUUAUUACGAUCGAGUGGAAAUAUCAACGUUCAAGAGUCUUGUGUGGUCUGUUUAUACUAGUCUGACUGGCCAUAUUUACAUCCCUCAAAAGUACAUUUAUCCAUAU